UCAGUGAUCAAGCAGCUCCUGGACGACCUUUUGGAGGACCGGGUGCUGAACGAUGAAGAAACAGACUCAGUGAAGGAGGAGAACAUAACUAAGACAGACCAGGCACGAUGCCUCAUCGAUAUGGUGCGGAAGAAAGGGGGCAAAGCAAGUGAGAAGAUGAUUGCCCGAGUUCAGGAGAGAUCCUGGACUUUAUGACAAAUUGGGUCUGGCCUCCAGGCAGCCUGCCAAGAUGAGUGAGUGAAACUGAUACACCAUUCAGUGAUGUCUGUCACAGUCCCAAUCUUCUAGACUUGAUAAGAGUUAAUAAAAACUUUGCAGAUACUGUAAAUUAAAUGUAACAUGCUGUAUUUUCCCUGCAGCACCAUCAUCACCCCAGUUAUCACAGCAGGUGGAGCGCCAGGUGUCCUCUGUCCUCAUUCCCAGCACCAGGGACUUUAAGGAGGGCAUUCUUCAGAGGAAGGGUUGUGAGGUUCGAGCUCUACUUGGCUGUCAAAGGAUAGAUCAGUGUACAUGUAUCGGUUUUCUGAGUGCGGUUUUAGAAUUAGCUUCUGAGUUUAUAGUUCUCCUAUUAGACCAAUGAGCUUGCUUAUGAACCCCUGGGGUUACCAGUGUCACAGUUUAGGAAACACAGUCAUUUGAGUUACUUUAAAGUCUUUAAAAAAACUAAAUAGAAAAUCGUCUAGGCAUGAAAGUAUAGUCCUACAAUGUAAACAAACCAUCAAAGUUUCAACUUGUAAUUUCACAAACUGCAAUAACUGUAACAAUGUGUACCUACACUGUUAUUACACAGUGGUUUUAGCACGACUUGUAAAUUGGGACCAAUUUCCCCAUAAACAAGUGGAGUUUGAUGAUAAGACAUUGCUGAGAGAAGGGGCAGAGAAGGACGAGGAGAACAUAGAGAGGCUUCUCAGGGAUCUGGGUUAUGAUGUGGUGAAACACGAAAACCUGUCUGGACAGGUACACAGGGGGAGGAAACAUAUCUCCUGCUUCUAGAAGAAUGUCAACAUGUUUCCAUUGUCUCCUCUGUGACUGACUCAGUGUGCUCUUGCAGGAGUUGGACGAGGCUGUGAAAGCGUUCUCUAAACGUGAGGAGCACUUCUUGUCGGACAGCGUCUUCGUGGUGAUGAUUUCUCACAGGAUUCUGGGAGUCAUCAUUGGUGUCCACUACAAGGAAGGGGACCCUAAACCUGACGUCUUCCCCAUCAACAACAUCUUCACACACCUGAACACAGAGAACUGCAAAGCACUGAUUAACAAACCCAAA